AUCUCUCAUGGUGAUUUGAAUGGAGAGUGGAGGAGAAUAUGCCAUUUCCUGGUUCCUUGCAAACAUUCCGGGAUGCCAUGCCAAGUCGGUCCUACGAACCCCAAUUCCCUUCACCUUUAAAACCUCAAGGACUCCCCUUCCUUUCAUUUCUCCUCCUUCUCCUCUCAUUUUCCCUCAUUCAGAUUUUCUAGAUGAACUUGAUUUCAAGGACUGGGAGAAAUUUCUAUGUUGGAUGUGGCUUCUGCAAGUGCCAUUCCUUUGAAAGUGCAUUAAAUGAGUGAAGUAACAUAAAUUUCUUGGACAAAGAUUGAUGGGAUCCUCAAAGCCGUCUAUUGGUCUACUAGAUACCUUCAAGAUGGACAGGGUCAGAACAAUAUUGACCCCAACAUAUCCAUAUCCACAUGAACAUUCACGCCAUGCCAUAAUUGCAGUAGUCGUGGGGUGUUUAUUCUUUAUUUCAUCAGAUAACAUGCAUACUCUCAUACAGAAGUUAGACAACAAUAUUAAAUGGUGGUCAAUGUAUGCGUGCUUGCUUGGAUUUUUCUAUUUCUUUUCAUCUCCAUUCGUUGGGAAGACGAUUAAACCAAGCUAUUCAAACUUCAGUAGGUGGUAUGUUGCAUGGAUUCUAAUAGCUGCUUUGUAUCAUCUUCCCAGUUUUCAAUCAAUGGGAGUGGAUAUGAGGAUGAACCUGUCGCUAUUUUUGACGAUUUACAUCUCUUCUAUUUUGUUUCUUCUUGUUUUCCAUAUUAUAUUCCUUGGCAUGUGGUAUAUUGGACUUGUUGCUCGUGUGGCUGGAAAGCGGCCAGAGAUCCUAGCCAUAUUUCAAAAUUGUGCUGUCAUUAGUAUAGCCUGCUGUGUAUUUUAUAGUCACUGCGGUAACCGUGCUGUUUUGUGGGAAAGACCUUUUGAAAGGAGAAGUUCUGGCUGGUUUUCCAUUUGGAAGAAAGAAGAAAGAAACACAUUGCUGGCAAAAUUUCUGCGUAUGAAUGAGUUGAAAGAUCAGGUCUGCUCAUCCUGGUUUGCCCCGGUGGGAUCAGCCAGUGAUUACCCACUUCUGUCGAAGUGGGUUAUCUAUGGAGAGUUAGCUUGUAGCGGAUCAUGUCCGGGAACAUCAAAUGAAAUCUCUCCUAUAUAUUCAUUGUGGGCCACAUUUAUAUGUCUUUACAUUGCCAAUUAUGUGGUGGAACGGUCUACGGGAUGGGCUCUUACUCACCCUUUGCCAGUUGAGGAAUAUGAGAAGCUGAAGAAACAACAGAUGAAACCUGAUUUCUUGGAUAUGGUUCCCUGGUACUCAGGGACAUCUGCCGAUUUAUUUAAGACUGUUUUUGACCUCCUGGUAUCUGUAACAGUAUUCGUUGGUCGAUUUGAUAUGCGUAUGAUGCAGGCUGCAAUGAGUAAGGUUCAUGAUGGAGCUCAAAAAGAUGAUCUUUUAUUUGAUCAUUUUAGUGAUAAGGAAGACUUGUGGUUUGACUUCAUGGCUGAUACUGGGGAUGGAGGAAACCCAGCAUAUACUGUGGCCCGGUUACUUGCUCAGCCCUCCAUUCGUGUCAAUUCCGGCAAUUCUAUGUGUGCCCUACCACGUGGAGAUUUACUUCUUAUAGGCGGGGAUCUUGCGUACCCUAAUCCUUCAGCAUUCACAUAUGAGAAUCGGUUUUUUCGUCCUUUCGAAUAUGCUUUCCAGCCUCCACCUUGUUAUAAACCAGAGCAUGUUGCUGUGAACAAGCCUGAGUUACCUUGUGCAGAAUCUGAACCAAUUCAAAAUGAUGGACCACAGUGUUUUGUGAUUCCUGGAAAUCAUGACUGGUUUGAUGGGCUUCACACUUUUAUGAGGCACAUAUGCCAUCGAAGCUGGUUAGGUGGUUGGUUGCUGCCCCAAAAGAAAAGUUACUUUGCCCUGCAACUGCCUAAAGGAUGGUGGGUGUUUGGUCUUGAUCAAGCUCUCCAUGGUGACAUUGAUGUGUAUCAAUUCAAGUUCUUCUCAGAAUUAACUAAAGACAAGGUUGGGGAGAAUGACUCUGUAAUCAUUUUAACACAUGAACCAAAUUGGCUACUUGAUUGGUACUGGAAUGAUGUCUCUGGGAAGAAUGUCUCUCAUUUAAUUCGUGAUUAUCUAAAGGGAAGGUGUAAGCUCCAAAUGGCUGGAGACUUGCACCAUUACUUGCGUCAUUCUUCUGUUUCUUCAGAUAAACCAGUCUAUGUACAACAUUUACUUGUCAAUGGUUGUGGUGGGGCUUUUUUACAUCCUACUCAUGUUUUUAGUAGUUUCAAAAGGCUUUAUGGGACUUCGUAUGAAAGCAAGGCGGCUUAUCCAUCUAUUGAGGAUUCCAGCAGGAUUGCAUUAGGAAAUAUCUUGAAGUUCCGGAAGAAGAACUGGCAGUUUGACUUCAUUGGCGGCAUCAUCUACUUUAUACUGGCUUUUUCUAUGUUCCCACAGUGUCGGCUUGACCACAUCUUGAAGGAUGAUUCGUUUUCUGGUCACUUGAAGACUUUCUUUAGCACAGUGUGGGAUGCUUUAAUAUACAUGCUGGGAAAUUCAUAUGUGUCUUCAGCUGGAACUCUGUUAUUACUUAUGGCAGCAUUUUGUUUCGUCCCUUCCAAAGUGUCGCGGAAGAAACGGGCAAUAAUUGGAAUGGUUCAUGGUUUUUCUCACACAGCUGCAGCACUAAUUCUCAUGUUGUUGCUGGAACUGGGGGUUGAGACAUGUAUCCGCCAUCAGCUGCUAGCAACUUCAGGAUAUCACACAUUAUAUGAAUGGUAUCGAUCGGUGGAGAGUGAGCACUUCCCCGACCCAACUGGCCUCCGAGCUCGUAUAGAACAGUGGACGUUUGGCCUUUACCCAGCUUGUAUAAAGUAUCUCAUGUCUGCAUUUGAUGUUCCAGAGGUUAUGGCUGUCACCAGGAGUAGCAUCUGCAAGAACGGGAUGGAAUCACUGUCACGUGGAGGUGCUAUCAUUUACUAUGCGUCUGUCUUCCUCUAUUUCUGGGUUUUCUCAACCCCUGUUGUAUCCCUGGUGUUUGGGAGUUACUUGUAUAUCUGCAUCAACUGGUUUCACAUACACUUCGAUGAAGCUUUUUCGUCACUCCGCAUUGCAAAUUAUAAGGCCUUCACUCGCUUCCACAUUACCCGUGAUGGUGACCUUGAAGUAUUCACCCUUGCAGUUGAUAAGGUGCCAAAGGAAUGGAGACUGGAUCCGGAGUGGGACAAGGAAGUAAAACAGCAGCAACCGAGUCAUCUUAGGAAGUUCCCUAGCAAGUGGAGUGCUGCUGCUGCUCAACAGGACCCACUUGCUACUGUUCGGAUUGUUGACCAUUUUGUAAUUGAUAGAACGGAUCCUAGGAACCCCAAUUCUGAGGCAAGCAAAUAAUGCUUGUGGUUAUUCAGUGAUUUGGGCCUUGAGAUCUGUAAACAGCUUUUGUAGCUUUCCAUCAUUCAAGAGGAAGAAAAAGAAAAGGAAGAGAUUA